AUGGUGGAGUUUCCUUCUACGAUCGAGAGAACUGUUGCUUCUUCUCUUCUUCUCCUUUCUUAUGGACCAGUGUUCUUCUCACCUACAAGGUCGGAAUCUGUAGAGGAAUCGAGCUAUGUGAGCAAGUGGUGUGACGAGGGAAGCUCGAACCUGAGCUUGAGGCUGGGAUCUAACGGAUCCGGAUCGAGAUCGUGUGGCUCGGAUCUGUCAAGCGAUGGUUCGUUUGGGAAGAGUAAUGAUCAUGGAUUCAAAAUCAAUUAUACUGGAGAUCCAUUCCAUCUCGUGAAUUUUAAGCGUGUGAUCUCUCCGCAUGCUCCAUUGAUUCCAAAGAUGAGUCCUCAUGCUUGUCAACUGGUUCAAGCGAGGUCUAGUUCUAUUCGCCGUAGAGCAAAAGCUAUCUUGGAGUUUCUUUCUUCAGUCUCUUCUUCUGAAGUUCGGAUUCGUCAGAUUCUCGGCGAUAGCCCCGAUACCAGCAAAGCUCUCAGAAUGUUGUUGAAGAUGGAGGAAGUGAAGAGGUUUGGAACAGGAGGAAGACUCGAUCCCUAUAUCUACAAGAUUGCAUGA